AUGGAUUCAUUUCUCUUCUCCUUCAUGGCCACAAUUCUGUUGCUUCCAGGAGCAGCAUCCGAAGUAGGCACCGGCCAUAUGGGCAGUAUUGGUGUCAUCGUCGAUAAUAGUUCGCUUAUCGGUAAAGAAGAGAUAGUAGCAAUGAAGUUAGCCAUCUAUUACUUCAACAACAAAACUAAUCGACAAUUGGAUUUGCAUGUGAGAGACUCUCAAAGUGAUCCAGUUCUUACUUUGCUUUCCGCCAGAAAUCUGAUCAAGAAGCGGAGAGUGCAAGCUAUUAUCGGCCUUGAUACAUGGGAAGAAGCAUCUUUAGUUGUGGAGCUUGGUAGUAAAGCUCAUAUUCCGAUUGUUUCCUUGGCUGAUGCAGCUCCGCAGUGGGCAACAGAUCGCUGGCCGUUCCUUGUUAGAGCCUCGCCGGAGAAACACCUGCAAAUGAAAGCUGUGGCAGCCAUUAUCGGGUCUUGGGGAUGGCGUCGGAUCAAUGUGAUAUACGAGGAUACCAACUCUGCUGGCUCUGAGAUCAUUCCAUUUCUUGCUGAUGCCCUCAAGCAAGUUGGUUCAGAAAUCGGAUACCUUGCAGCUCUCCCACCAUCAUCUGCAGUUAAUUCUUCUUCUUCUUUAUCUGAUCAGCUCCAAUGGCUUAAAGGAAAGCAGUCACAAGUCUUUGUGGUUCAUUCAUCUUUAUCAAUGGCGGAGCGUUUGUUUUCAAAAGCUAAUGAAUUGGGCAUGAUUGGAAAGGAUUCUGUUUGGAUCACUACAGACAGCAUCACAAAUCUUGUACAAUCCAUGAAUUCCUCAGUCAUCUCUUCCAUGGACGGUGUUCUAGGAGUGAAGAGCUUCUUCCAGGAAGACGGAGCCCGGUUCCAAGACUUCUGCUCCAGAUUUCGACAGAAGUUUCGAUCACUGUAUCCUAAGGAAGACAACCACGAGCCUGGGAUUUUCGCCGUUCAGGCAUAUGAUGCUGUGUGGUCUGUUGCUCUAGCAAUGGACAACAACGGGUCGACCCAACAAUUGUUAGAAAAGAUUGAACUCAGCGAUUUCCAUGGCCUCACAAACAGAAUCAAAUUUGAGAGACGACGCUUGGCUCCACAGCGCAUGUUUCAGAUUGUUAACGUGAUUGGAAAAAGUAAUAGAGAGCUCGGAUUCUGGUCGGAGGGAUCAGGCUUCGCCAAGCCUACUAAUGGUCAAAUUCAAAACAGUAGCUCCAUGGACAUCCUGGGGCAAGUGUUUUGGCCAGGAGGCCCUACUUCCACCCCAAGAGGAUGGGCAUUUCCUACAAGCGAAACCCCAUUGCGAAUUGGAGUGCCCCUCAAUGCCACAUUCAAACAAUUUGUUUCUGUAAACUACGAUAUUGAUGGAGGCCAUCGAUCGGUUUCGGGUUCUCAAUCGAAUGGUACCUAUGAUGAUUUGGUGGAACAGGUUCAUCUCAAGAAAUUUGAUGCAGUGGUAGGCGAUACGUCGGUAAUUUCAAAGAGAUGGGAUCUGGCCGAAUUUUCGUAUCCCUACACAGAACCAGGAUUGCUGAUGAUAGUUCCUGAGAAAGUAGAGACAUCCAAUAGGGCUUGGUUAUUCAUGAAGCCCUUCACCAAGGUGAUGUGGGUUCUAACAGGUGCUAUAACCAUCUACAAUGGCUUCACCCUCUGGUUGAUAGAACGAAACCAAAACCCAGAACUUAUGACAGGCUCUACUCUGAACCAAAUGGGAACCUUGGUUUGCCUAUCCUUCACCACCCUCUUCUCUAUGCAUGGAGGAAGGCAACAUAGUAAUCUGUCCCGGUUGGUAAUGGUGGUCUGGCUGUUCGCAUCUCUGGUGAUAACGAAUAGCUACACUGCUAAUCUUACCAGCAUGCUUACGGUCCAACGCCUUGAACCUACUGUGGUCGAUGUGGAAGAUCUGAAGAGUGCUAAUUCCAUUGUUGGGUGCAGCAAACGAUCAUUCGCGGUGAGGUAUUUGGUGGAUGUCAUAGGAAUAAAAAUGAGAAACAUAAAAGAUAUCACUUCAGCUGACCAGUAUGCUCGAGAUCUCAGAAGCGGAGAGAUAGCAGCAGCCUUCAUUGAAGCUCCCUACGCCAAAAUAUUCCUUGCCCAAAACUGCAAAGGCUUUGCUGCUUCUGGGAAAACAUACAAAGUUGGUGUCUUUGGAUUUGUAAGUCCCUAUAUUCCUUUAUAGCUAACUCUCCUUUCUCCAUCUUACUCAAAUUUUCUAAGAUCAAAGGUGAGCCUAUCAACCUGCCAUUCAAUGCCAUUUGGGCUGUGUUUCUUGAAAAAGUACAUCAGGGAGAUUAUCACUGAGAGCAUUUUUGCAUUAGGGCUCAAUUGGGUGGUGGUUUGUUUUCUCUGAAGUCCCAAAUCAAUAGAAGAUUUCUUCCCUUUUCCCCAACUUUUCUCAGCAACCAAACAUGCAGAACUGAAACCCAUUUAGCUGCACCAAACCAAAAUUAAUUAGUCUAUCUAGUGUAUGAUUAUUAAUAUGAUUGAUUAAUUAAUUUGCUGAUUUUUUCAGGUGUUCCCAAAGGGAUCACCUAUUCUUCCAGACAUAUCUAAAGCAGUCUUGGAGGUGACUGAAAAUGGUGAGUUACGUGAAUUACAGAACAUGUUGAUUGGAUCCCAGAAGUGUAAUUCAAAUAUUACAGAAACCAGUGAGGAUAGCAGUAGUCUUAGCCCUAGCAGCUUUUGGGUACUUUUCUUAAUAACAGGAGGUGUAUCAACAGUUUGUCUUGUAAUCUUCAUGGCCAGAGAAAGGUUAACCUAUUUGUAUAAUUAUUCGUUGGGGCAUAUGGCCAUUUGGAGACUAAUAUCAGCUGUAAUGAGAAGCUGGAGAUCACAUCCACGUGAGCGAUUCUCUAGAGGAAUUAGCGACGAAGAAAGUAAUGGAAAUGGCCAACACACAUCUAUGCAUUCACCACAAUACUUUGGAUAUAGAGUGCCAUGGCAGAGAAAUUACAGCUCCAGAAGUUCUUCCUAAAUUCACAAGCUAAAUCAACCCCAAAAAAUAAAAAUUUUAGAGGAUGCUUGGGAAACCAUAACCCAUAUGUGA